GUGCUGAUUCUAGCAUUCAAAAUGUAAAUACAUUCUCUGAAAGUUCAUCAAGUGGCAUGAAGGCUGGGAGUGAUAGUGGUCAUGUUACCAGUACAUGUAGUAUAAGUGAUGUUGAUAACCUACCAAUUAUGAAUUCCAAGGAUGCUGAGAACAUGUUAACACCCAACUCUAAACUGAGUAAAGAUGCCUUGGAGAUCCUACAGUCCACCCCAGAACUUAUGGACAACAGCCAGGCAAGUAUUGCAGUGAAUGAUAAGCCUGAAACCACAGCAAAACGACCAGUCUCUUUGGACUUGGAGAACCUUCCUGAGGGAAUACCAGCUAGUUUGUUUGUUGAGCUGUCUAGUCAAGAGCCUGACAAGAUUGGUGAGAUGGAUACUGGUGCAGAUAUAAUAGCCAUGAGCAAAGAAUUGGAGAGUGUUAUGUCAGAAAAUAAGGAGCUUGUUGCUGCAAAGAACAAGCUUGCAACACAGAAGAAUGAUUUACUCAAAAGACUAGAGGAGAUUGCUAACGAAAAAGAAAUAUUAAAUGAGGAACUUAUCACCAUGAAAGAAACAAAGCAAAAUCUUAACUCAAGGCUCACUGAGAGUGAACAUGAAUUGAAAAGGACAAAACAUGAGGCAGAGAAAGCUACAGUUGCUUUGAAGGAGGCAAGUGUGUCAGCAGCUCACAGAAAACGUUUUACAAGGGUAGAAAUGGCAAGAGUGCUGAUGGAGAGGAAUCAAUACAAGGAAAGAUUAAUGGAAUUACAAGAAGCAGUUAGGUGGACAGAAAUGAUCAGGGCCUCAAAAGAAAGAAAUUAUGAACUGCAGCAGAAGAGAAAGUCUUCAAUCUGGAAGUUCUUUAGUAACUUGUUUGGUCCAUCGCCAAGGAGACCUAAUCCUACCGCUGUCAGUAUUCGAUACAACUCUCCUGGUGAAACUACUCCUCCAACGCAGCGACGCCGUAAUUCCUUAUCAUCACUGAACACUGGCUCAGGGUCAGCACUUUCAGGAGGCUUUGGCAGUGAAAACUUUGAUAGACAGAGAGUGAAUGAUCGAAGAGAAAGAUACAAACAAGUCAGGGCCUAUCUGAACACAGAUCUUUCUGAGGGAAGAAUGCAGGCAUAUGGAUGGAGUUUACCUGCCAAGUACUCUACUGAGGUUGCAGAAGGAGGAAAGAGUCUGGUAUCUGUACCAGUACCUGUCUACUGUAGGCCAUUGAAUCUUAAUGAUCCAGGAAUGAAGAUCUGGUGUGCAGCAGGGGUAGACCUAUCAGGUGGUGUUACAGCAGAUGGAGGUGCAGCAGUGGGAGCCAGUGUAUUCUAUGCCAAUACCACUUCUAAGGAUGAUGUAGAUGUGGAUAUGAAGGAGGCAAGGGCAUCAAUGACAUGGAUUGGAAGUAGUACUCAUUCAUGUAGCAAAGUAACAAUAAUUGAUGCCAACUACCCUCAGAAUAUCUUGGACUGUUUUGUUGUCUGUACAUCACAUCUGCUAUGUGUUACUGCUGUGCCUGGCUCUAGACCUAGUGAUUAUAAUGUUAUUGGUUCCUCUGAAACUAGUUUAUAUACAGAUUCACAGGGAAGUCAAUCAUUACUUGAUUCCAGUAAAGAAUCUGUAUUUUCUUCUACAAGUAUGGACUUCUCAGACCCUCUAGGUGCUAGACAGUCAUCUAGAGACCCAUUGGAUGACCAUCAAGCAUCAGACACACCUACCAUCACUGAUGUAUCUGCUGCAGAUAAUGACCGUUAUGAGCCAAAGCUUGAUGAAAAUGGAGUUGCAAGAAUGAGUAGUGUUCUCCCUACCAUGUGGUUAGGAGCACAAUCAGGCUGGUAUGUACUGUACCUUUGACCUUCAUAUGRUGAG